AUGAGGGGACUGGGAGCGGCAGUGGUUGAGGGGAGUGGGAGCGGCAGUGGUAGUGUUGCAGUUGGUGAGUGCGUUGCUAGGUUGAGGGGACUGGGAGCGGCAGUGGUUGAGGGGACUGGGAGCGGCAGUGGUAGUGUUGCAGUUGAGGGGACUGGGAGCGGCAGUGGUAGUGUUGCAGUUGAGGGGAGUGGGAGCGGCAGUGGUAGUGUUGCAGUUGAGGGGAGUGGGAGCGGCAGUGGUAGUGUUGCAGUUGAGGGGACUGGGAGCGGCAGUGGUAGUGUUGCAGUUGAGGGGACUGGGAGCGGCAGUGGUAGUGUUGCAGUUGAGGGGAGUGGGAGCGGCAGUGGUAGUGUUGCAGUUGAGGGGACUGGGAGCGGCAGUGGUAGUGUUGCAGUUGAGGGGACUGGGAGCGGCAGUGGUAGUGUUGCAGUUGAGGGGACUGGGAGCGGCAGUGGUAGUGUUGCAGUUGAGGGGACUGGGAGCGGCAGUGGUAGUGUUGCAGUUGAGGGGAGUGGGAGCGGCAGUGGUAGUGUUGCAGUUGAGGGGACUGGGAGCGGCAGUGGUAGUGUUGCAGUUGAGGGGACUGGGAGCGGCAGUGGUAGUGUUGCAGUUGAGGGGAGUGGGAGCGGCAGUGGUAGUGUUGCAGUUGGUGACUGCUGCUUGAGUGAUUGA